CGUGUUAAAACUAAAUCUUUACCAUUAAGAUGAGCGUUAUAGUUUUAGCGGGAUUUUUUGCGGUACUUUUCGCAUUUUGUUUGCAGACCUUAGAGUCAGCGUCUUACUGCUAUUAUAGAUACGCUUACAGUAGAUACUACUGCUACUAUUACUAUUACUACGACAUAAGUGAUGAUGAGAGUUCUCUGGGCGGCCUGAUCGCUGGGCUAAUCGUGCUUGCUAUAGUGGUAGGCGUGGUCGUCUGCCUUAUAAAAGCUAAGCACAACAGGUCACGUGUAGUGGCUCUGAGUGGUAACACUGGUACUUCGGUCCACGUCUCCAACGUCAACACCGUGCACCACGCUCCACCACCGCCACAGUACGGACACAUGGCGCCGCAACCAGGAUAUGGUCAGCCUCACCCGGGCUUUAUGCAGGCGCCUAACCAGCCCAUGUAUGGGGGUGGAAACCCAGCCUAUCCCCCGGGACACCAUUACUGAGACCGUUAUAAGGGACUAAUCUGUAGCUCAAGAAGUAAAAAGGGCGAAACGUAUACGUUUAAUUUGGAAAAUUUACUUUUCUACAUGUAUUCUGUUUUUCAUCACAUUGUUUCAUCCUGUAAUCUGUUUUCCGUAAUUUUCCAUGAAAAUUACAUAAUUUCCUUAAUUUUCCAUGAAAAUGUUUGUUGCUUGUUGUGGAAAAAAUAAAAUGUUGACAUUUUUUUUUUCAAUUGUCAUACUAAGAACUGG